CAAGGCCGCUGGCGCCUAAUGGGGUUGGAGCCCGCUAUGGCAGAGGAUCGAUGGCGGCUAAAUAUAGUGGAGAAAGUUGAUUAACUCGUGUAUAAACGCGCGCCAGCUGUUAGAGUAACUCACGUGGAGGUACUACCUAUACGAUAACUUAUACUCCUCUACCUUCGCUUAUGUAUUAUCAUAACCUAAAGUAUUUUUUGUUUUUCUGUACCUCGACCUACUAGCUGUUUGACUGUCUCACCUUCAUCUACUUUGUUUGUUUCCUCGUAUUAAUUGUUCUCUCUCUUCCUCGUUAGGCUCUAACUCACCAGAUUAUUCUCAUCUUUGAAAUGCAAAUGAAAAAAAUAUGUCUUCACGACCUACUACAACUACCCGUUCUACUCGACGAACAACAAAACCGCUCCUGCUAGCUACCCGGCCGCUAAUGCAGCACCUCGCUCAUCUCCUCCUCGUCCUAGCCCACCUCCAGCUCGUCGCCGGCUACAUCCUUGAGAGAACCAUUCGAAGAAACAAGCAUCUUGAUGUUCAUCGACAGAGCCAAGUGGAAUAUCUUGGUGAGUUCGUGUUUGACUACUCCACGGAGAAUGAGCGCAUCGGCUCAGCGAGUUUUGAGGCCUGGGGAGAGUUGGAGCUGCUAAGUGACGGCCUAGCUGGUGGAAAAUCAUUGCUAGAAUUGCAGGAUGAGAGAGAGACCAAACUGGUGUUACAAAGACUACACGAGCAGGAUGUUAGUAAAGGUACUAAAACGACCACUUCUGCUCCUACGCCGCCGCCUUCGGAGGAGCACAAGAAAAUCAAUAAGAAGACAGAAGACCCCCUCCACGCGUACCUGCCAAGUAGAACAAGAGCUCUCGUAGUUGUUCCUGAAGGGCAAAAUGUGCCAAUUAUAAAAAGAGAGCAACAAGAACAAAACUCCCCACGAACUCAAGAACACGAACAGCAGCAACGUGCUCCUUUCCGCAUUAACACGCCAAGUCUCCAGAUUCUCGCCUUCGAUGAUGAAGAGUCUCAUUGGUUUGCCUUCCAAGCUGAGAUAGGCCCUCAGCGUGCUUCUGGCAGCUUCGCUAGGCCACGAUGUCCACAAGUGUUGCAGACAGCGAGUCGAGUGGUGCCUCUGAGAUUAAGGCUCACAUGCAUUGGAAUUCUUUCAUCUUCUUCUGCUUCGAGUUCAUAGUCUUUUUCUCAGUUACAAUUACUUUCCUUUUUCUCGAAUUAAGCAAUUCAUCAGAGAAUAUCUGUAUCACCGUUUUAAAAAAGGUGAUUGAUUCCGAGAAUGUCACCGUUUUUGAGAAGAUGCUUGAGUUAAUAUAACUCUACUGAGCGCUAAGAAGAUUAGACAAGACGUCUGGGCUUCACGACAAAGCCACGAUACCCUUGAGGGAGCAUAUCCGACCGAGAGCGUGGCACUUCCUAGCCGUCUUCUGCGAUGUAAAAGUGUAUUCAUGUUGA